AUGGUAUCCCUUCAACGCCUCCCCGUUCCUCGAAGGACCAUCUCUUCUAUCCAAUCCAUCCGCACAACCCGCCCUUUCCACACAAUCCACCACCGACCAUCCUCAUCUCCAUCAACCAGAACCACUAUCCAAAUCCAAAUCCAAACCUCCAAACCCACGCCCCUCACCUCAAUCCGCCCCUACCACUCAACCCUCCACCCCCGCCCACCCACCCACGAAUACACAAACAGCCAAACCGCCAUCCUAACCGCCUCCCUCCCACACAUCCCAACCCACGGUUUCACAAGCGCCGCGUUAACCCGGGGUGCCCGCGACGCGGGCUUCCUCGAUGUCUCGGUGCAGCUUUUGCCGAGGGGCGCGUUUGAUCUGGUGCUUUUUUGGUUGGCCAGUCGGAGGGGGUUGUUGAGGGGGAGGGUUGAGGCGGGGGAUGUUUUUGGGGAGGGUGCUGGUGCUGCGGAGGGGUUGAGUGUGGAGGAAAAGCUUAGGGUUUUGGUGGUGGAGAGGUUGAAGAUGAAUGUUGAUGUUAAGGGGGUUUGGCAGGAUGCCCUCGCCCAAAUGUCCCUCCUAGGCAACAUCCCCCUCUCCCUCCUCGAACUCCACGCCAUAUCCAACGAUAUCCUCACCCUAGCAGGCGACACUGCCGUCGACUCGACCUGGUACGCGCGCCGGAUGGCAGUUGCCGCGAUCUACGCCAGCGCUGAGGUAGUCAUGACGCGGGAUCCGACGCCUGAUCUGCUCGAGACGGAGGCGUUUGUGCGGCGCCGGUUUGAGGAUAAGGAGGUUUUGAGGGGGAAGGUUGAGGGGGUGGGGUCUUGGGUUGGGUUUUGGGGGAGUACGGCUGUUGGGGUUGGGAGGAGUUGGGGGUUGAAGAUUUAG